GUGAUCAGGCCACGUUUACAAAUAUCUUCUCUGCCAAACAAAAGCUACCUUAUUUCCUUAUGCAAGACUUCACGAAUCACUCAACCUUCACAAAAUGUUGAGACAACACUGAAGUCACGUAUGAUUGAGCAUUUCUGAAAUCAAAACAUGGAUGGCGAAGAAAUCCACGACUUUAGUUGGGCAGCACCGUCGCGUCUUAGUCGAACUCUUCUCGCUCCCAAGCUGUUUCGAGUAUUUUAUGGAGCUUGUUAUAUCACGAUGGUUCCUUUUCUUCCCAUGUAUUUCCGCUUCUUGGGACUGACUGCCUUCCAAAGUGGAAUUCUAGGCUGUUUGAGGUCUCUUAUCUCGUGUUGGAGCUCUUUCUUAUGGUGUAUUUUCUCGGAGAAGCUCGCGAAAAGAAAAUGCUUCCUGGUCGUUCUCUUGCUAAUCGGUAUUAUUUUAAAUAUUUCUGUGAGUUUUGUUUACAAACAGGAUGCUGACUUUAUGGAGUACGUGUGUCACGAAGAGAAUGUAUUUAAAAACGAAUCUUCGUUUCUUCAUGCUGAGAAUAAAUCUCUAAUUCACGUUCGCUCAUUAGCAUUUGGAAUGCAUGAACGAGAUAUGACAGAAGCCGUAACGAAAACCAAGAGACAACAUCAAGACCUUGAAUUAAACCGAACAAAAGCACUCCAAAGAGAAAAGGAGGACAGUGUUUUCAUAAUGUAUGGGUUUCGUAUGGACGUAUUGUUCAGAAAUCUUUUGUUAAUAACAGCAUUUGCAGAAUUUUUCAUGUCAGCAGUUAAACUCAUUAGUGAUAGCAUAUUUGCAGAUUUUCUACAUUUUAGUAAAGGAAGCGUUGCAAAAAGCAAGGCUUGGACAUCACUGGGAGAGAUCUUUGGAGCUGGCCUCGUAAUCCUUGUGAUUGGUCAUUACCAUUGCUCAUUUGGUUUGAAAAACAGUUUCUAUAUCCACUUCUAUCUGUUUGGAUUUUUGGGUAGUGCAGCAUUUCUAUUCGCAUCCAUUCUGCAUGUGUAUGAGCCCAAAACUUCCAUGAUUUACAGAUUUGGACGUGCAUGUAAGUUUGUCAGCUGCAAUAUGCAUGCACUAGCUACUAUUUCUAUUCUGUUUGCACUGGGCAUGGCAGAGUCACUGAUGUCAAAUUACAUGAUGUGGUAUUUACAAGACAUUAAAGCGUCAAUAACAGUUAUGGGAUUAAUGAUAGUCAUUGGAACAUUUUCUGAGCUCUGUACGCUAUUUCUCUCAAAAUAUUUGAUACGUUUUGGUGGAUAUACUUGGGUAUUUGCUUUAGCCCUCUUAGCUUACAGUGCGCAUUUUGCCUGCUUUUCCUUCAUCACAAACCAGUGGCUUAUCCUUCCAGUUCAACUCUUCCAAGGCUUGUCCAUGACAUGCGUAUGGUCUGCAUGUUCGGCUUAUGCAGCAGAAGUUGCACCAAUAGGAAUGGAGCGAACUCUUAAUGGGAUUAUGUCAGUAGUAUACUGGGGAAUAGGACACGGCAUGGGAGGAAUUGGUGUCGCUCUGCUCUAUAAUCAGUAUGGCCCAGUGGUAGUAUUUCGAUGUGGUGCUGGUGUGUGUAUAAUAUAUGCAUUGCUAUUUAUUCUCUUGCAAUGUCUGUUGAAGAUCCCAGAUGGCAGAUUUGGAAAACUUAAAGAGUACCACCAAUUAACCUAUGAUGAUGGAUACCAUCAGACCAAUUAUCAAACUGAUUGGUUGCUGGAAGCAUUAGAGGCUGAAGAGGAAGACACCCACUUUGUGAGAUGAUUAAGGAGCUUUUUUGGAUGGCUUGAGACUUUGAAAACUGUGUUAAGGAUCUUUAUUUACCACUUAUGCUGCCAGCACCCUUCCUGGAGGUGGUGUGUAUAAGACUAGAGCUCAUAACAAAAGAAAAGGAGGUCUUGAUGACGUUUUGCAGUUCAUAAAACAUUAAUAUUAUUAGUUUUUUUGGCCCAGAGGUUGUUUCUGGUUAUCAAUAAAUUUUGAAGUUUUACUCAAUUUAAAAGAUAAGUAGUAGAAAAAAAAGCAUUAACAAAUGUUUGCUAACAUUUUAAAAGGCAUCAAUUAAGAAUGUCAACAUAACAGUUUCAUAUUUCAAACUUUUGUUUUAAGCUGAUUUACAGAUAAAUCUACAUAAAGAUUUGCUGCAUUGUGAGACAGAGAGACUAGUCACCUUGGUAACCAGCAUUAUAAGCUUUCAUGUAUAAUAGCAUAAACCCUUGAAAUCUUUAUUCUUGUUUAUAUAGCACUAAAAGAUUUCGUAUUAAAUUUAAAGUAAAAUAUAUUUAAAUCAUAUUUAAAAGUUACAGUUGAUUUUAUUUUAAACUUUGGAUACACAGAGUAUUAACCUAUGGAGAGUGAUUCCAUUUAAACCUGUAAAAUAAGUAGUUUAACUUUUAUUGAUCAAAUAAAUUAUCAUUUUUCAUUGGAAAAUUCACUUAUGGAUUUUGAUUCAUAUCUGGAUAAAUAGAAUCACUCUUAUCUGGGAAAUAAAUAGAAAAUAUCGGUUAAUAUUUAGUAGUUCAAUUAAAUAAAUAAAAUAAGUUUCUGUUAAUGUCUAUGAGAUGAUUAUUAAUUUUUAAAACUCAUUUAAAAUAGAAUUGAUUAUUAAACAAUCCAAUUGAAUGAAACUUUAUCAACAGAGGGUUUACACAAAACUGUAAAUAAGUUAAAGUAUAGUAAAAAAUUCAAAUUUGUUAAUGUUAGCUGAUAUUUAUACGAAAUGAUAGUUAUUGAUAGAGUAUAUAUAAAUAUGUUAAAGAACAUUCAAAGUAUUUAUAUACAGGAUUAUGAUAUUAAUAAGAAUUAAUUUAUUCAUAAUUAUGUAAGUCAUAAUAGCAGAUAUUAAAGUUACACUUUACAGUCUACUCUCGUUACAGCGGACACCCUCGGGACCGUCAUUUCAUGUCAGUAAUAGUGAGUGUCCGCAAUAGCAAAAAUUAUUUACAGUCAUUUCUUUGUACGUAUUUUUGUCGGGAUUUGUCUCAUGUCCGUAAUAGCGAGGUGUUCGUAAUAUUGUGGUGUCCGCAAGGCGAGAGUUGACAAUAAUUGUUGCAUUUGGGUCAGUUUCUAUACAUUCAUUGUUUUGACCCAAAUGCAUUGACUUGAAACAAUAGUUUGAAGGCAAUAGAGUCUAAAUAGAAAGUAUUGUCUUGUUGAUAGUUGAUCUGAUGCAGGCGAAGUACCAGGACCACUUGAACAAAAUUUAAGAUUAAAAAAAAUCUUUAGCCAAUCAGGAGUGCACAGAAUCAGUACAUAUUGAUCUCAGCCAAUCACAAUCUCUCAUGGUGUUUGAUAACUUCUAAGUUUUUUCUCAGAUAUCUAGGGUUCAUUGCUUGCCCCUGAUUGGCUCAAGUUUGACUUAAGUUUGAUUCAUUUGUUUUCACUCUAUAUUGUGAUUGCUCAACUUUCUUCAAGUAGUCCCAGUUAUUGUGUUCACACAGUAAAUGUAUAGAGAUUUGUCCCAGAUCUGGCAUAUUGGCUAUUUAUUAAUCUAAUAUUGUUAACUUAAACAAUAAAUUUAGAAUUGUAAUGCCAUCUUAAGCCUGAUUGUCAUUAGCGAUGCAAACUGAUGCAAGCCUGAAGGAAGCAGGCAUAACUCCACGUUCUCACUAUGAAAUAAAGUAAUGCCAGUGCAAGAAAAUGAAAGAUUUUCUUUUUGCUCUGGCUUGCGCUUAUGCUAAUGCUUGCUUUGGCUUACAUCACUAAUAAGAACCUGGCUUUAAGUAAAUGGAAAGUUAUUAAAUUGAAAGAUUUUCUUGUGUAA